GAAUUCGAAAAAACAGGAAGAAAAGCGAAGAAAGUAAGAGAGAGAAGAGAAAGAGGAGAUCGCAAAACCAAGUGUUGUCAUCAUCUGAGAUUUGUGUGGGAAAAUUAAGCUUUUUUUCGAGUGUUAAUUUCAUCAAAGCUUUUUUUUUCCUCUUACUUUGGAAAAUAUCUGUGUGAAAAUUUUUAGGUUUUUUUUGGAGGUGUUUGAUUAAUGGCUGCUCCACCUGCGAGAGCUCGCGCUGAUUAUGAUUAUCUUAUCAAACUUCUUUUGAUAGGCGAUAGUGGUGUGGGUAAGAGUUGCCUUCUCCUGCGGUUCUCUGAUGGUUCCUUCACAACGAGUUUCAUCACCACCAUUGGUAUCGAUUUUAAGAUUCGGACCAUAGAGCUUGAUGGCAAGCGGAUUAAACUGCAGAUAUGGGAUACUGCUGGUCAGGAACGGUUCAGGACUAUUACAACGGCAUAUUAUCGUGGAGCCAUGGGUAUUCUGCUGGUGUAUGAUGUUACUGAUGAGUCGUCAUUCAACAAUAUCAGAAAUUGGAUACGCAACAUUGAGCAGCAUGCUUCUGAUAAUGUGAACAAGAUUCUGGUAGGGAACAAGGCUGACAUGGAUGAGAGUAAAAGGGCUGUGCCUACGGCUAAAGGACAAGCUCUAGCUGAUGAGUACGGGAUUAAAUUCUUCGAAACUAGUGCAAAAACAAACUUAAAUGUGGAGGAGGUUUUCUUUUCCAUAGCAAGAGACAUUAAGCAAAGGCUUGCAGAUUCUGAUACAAGGCAAGAGGCUCAACCAUCAAUUACAAUUAAACCAGCCGACCAAUCAGGGAAUCAAGCAGCAGCUAAAUCAGCUUGCUGCGGUUCUUAAGGAACCGGCAGUUAACUGGACCAGGCGAUCUGGCGGUUAUGUGUGCAAAACAGAUAAAUCUGAUUGUGAUGACAAUGUGAUGGAUGCUUGUAAUAUUUGUUACCAUCAUUGUUUCCUUAAAUCUGCUUUAGUGUGCGAAAGAUAGUUUCUUAUUAACUAGUUAUUUGUUCUAGUGGCAUACUCUUUUCAUUUAAUUGUCUAAUUAAAUCUUGUUUAAGC